UCAGCUGACUGAGCGGCGAGAGAAAACCGCGGGCGCCAGUUCCCUCUAGGAUGUGGUUGAGUGUGGACGUGAAACCCUGCGUCCGAUAAGCCAAAGCGCCUAGGAACCGAAGCCCCGCCGAGUGGGAAGUGAGAGACUCGACACCCGCCACACUCCCGAAGGAACAUGUGACAGGGUGAGCCGAGGGGCGUGAGCGAAGAAGAGACGCAGAGAGGAACCGAGAGGAAAAGGGGGAUGAUGAAACAACUCACGGUCGCCAUGAAGGACCCUAUUUACAUCCAGCCGGUCCCGAGCCCGCUGCCGGACACCGUCAAAGUGGACUGGAAUCCUCGGAGCCUGUCCACCUUUUCGACGUUCGGGGGCGGGCAGGGGUCUCCGCCGCUGCUGGGAGGACAGAACUCGCCGCCGCUCCUGGGCCUCAACGGUCACACCAACGGCGGCUUGCACAUCAGCAGCACGGGCGGCGGCGGCGGCGGCGUGGGCGGGGUGUCCGUGCUGGUGGCGCCCUCGAAGACCAACGGGGCCGUGACGGUGAACGGGUCUUCGCCGCCCGACCUCCUGGCCAGCCCCGAUGUGAUAGCGCACUGCCACAAGCCCGCCCACCCCCUCGGGCCUGAGAUUGUGAGCCACGUGCCCAAGCCCAUAGGCAUGCCCGUGGCGCCGCCCAGCAUCGAGGGCGUCGUGCGGCCCCGCCACACCCACAGCAAGUCUCUGGUGGGGGACGAGUUGCAGCCCCUGCCCGCCCCUCGCCACGCGCACUCCCGCUCCCUGGUGGACACGAUGGACCUCAUUCCGCCCAGGUCGCCAGACGGGGUGGACUCGACCGAAAUCAACCUGUUCCUCGGCCCGGCUGACCGGCGCUUCGGCUUCUCGGUCGUGGGCGGCGUGGACGAGGAUUCCCGCCCAGGAUCGACGAAAUUGCGAAGAGUAAGUAGGCGGAUUUGCGCUACCUGGCGCCAGAGCCUGUUGCAGGUCAAGCAAAUGCAGUUACAGAUCCUUCAAGAGCAACUACAAAUACAACAGCAGCAAGUGAGGGUCACGGAGUCGGAGCCCGUCACCGAACACACCAGACGAGUGGCCUCAGCGGGUCAACGUAGGUCAGUCCUGCAGGUGUUCAGUCAUAUAUGCAAACUAAGAGGAAGUAGCCGACGCUCCUACCUGUGCAUAAAGAAAGACCUGAUAGUCAUUCUCACUCAGAGGCGGGGCCGCACACAGGUGAAGGCCCGGGCGAAGUCAGUCUUCGCACAUCUUACUUACUCACUCCUCAUUCAGGCAUACGAGCCAAAUGUAGGUAAAGGGUGA